AUGCGCUUCUCAUCUCUCGUCAUGUCGGCCUCUGCUGCCUCCGCCGCUGUCAUCAGCAGACAGGCCAACUCGGCGGCCUCAGCCAAGCUCCUGAUCGGCCAGCCCUGGGCCAUCUCCAUUGCCGACUACGAUGGCAAGGAGUUCAAGAUCGUCGCGAACCUCACUGAGGAGGGUACUUCGCCCAGCUGGAUGACCGUCAAGGAGCCCAACCUCCUCUACGCUGUCGACGAGAACAGUAACUUCACUCGCUUGUACAACUAUGACACUACCGCCAACAGCCUGAAGUUCGUGGCCAACGGCACUGGCGCCAGCGGUGUCGUCUCUCUUGCCUUCAACUCUGACAAGACCCGCCUUGUGGGUGCGUCCUACGGCGAGGGCAAGAUCGAUGUCUGGGACGUCUCGUCGCCUACCGAGCUGAAGCUCCUCAAGCAGCUCCAGGCCACCGCGGCUCUCGGUCCCGACCAGGACGGCGGCCAGACCGCGAACCGCGCUCACCAGGCCAUCCUCGACCCCUCCGGCCGCUUCUUCGCCGUCAACGACCUCGGCAGCGACACCAUCCUCGUCAUCGACUCCAAGGACGACGCUUACAAGGUUGUCAACGUCCACAACGUCGGCACCGCCGGCUGCGGCCCCCGUCACGGCGUCUGGUACCCUGCCAAGUCCGACCAGGCCACUCACUACAUCGUCGUCUGCGAGAUGCUCAACCUGGUCCAGGUCUUCAAGCUCGACUACAACGGCACCGGCAUCGGCUUCACCCGCACCCAGGAGCUGAGCACCUUCGGCGCCGCGUUCCCCCCGGCCACCCCCGACACCGCCGCCGCCGGUGAGAUCGCCCUCACCAGCGACAACAACCACGUCUACAUCUCCAACCGUCUCACCGGCAACGACACCGACUCCAUCGCCCACUUCAAGGUCAAGCAGACGGCCGCGGCUGGCGCCUCCCCCUGCAAGGCCGUCGCAGGCGGCAUCGAGCUCGAGUUCGUCGACAGCGUCUCCUCCGGCGGCAAGGUCCCGCGCAUGUUCAGCCUGUCCUGCGAUGACAAGACCCUCUUCGUCGCAAACCAGCAGGGCACGUCUGGCAUCGUCGCGUUCGGCCGCGGCGAGGACGGCAAGCUCACCGCGGGUGCCUCGCUCCCGCUCAUCUUGACCGGCGCGCCCGAGAACUCUGGCGGCUUCCAGUUCGUCCAGCAGAUUGCCUGA